AUGGACGCGCUUUGGAUGUGCCUUUGGAUUCUUUUGAGAAUAACAGAAGCAUAUGGUUCAAAUGUGUGCACCUCCAGGGGUGCAGGCACAUGUAAGGAGUGUCUGGCCGUGCACCCCAGCUGUGCGUGGUGCGUCCAAGCGGAAUUUGAUCAUGGCAAGGCUAGCUCAUCCCGCUGUGACAGGAAAGCCAACCUGGUGGAUGCGGGGUGCGCUCCUUCGGCCGUUGAGUCUCCAAACAGUCGAAUGCAGGUGAUAGAAGACCGGCCCCUUAGUAAAAAGGCGGCAGGGGCUACGCUGGAUGUGACCCAGAUCAAGCCCCAAAAACUCCAUAUUACUCUCAGGCCUGACGAUGCCAAGCGCUUUACUGUAAAGGUGCGCCAGGUGGAGGACUACCCCGUGGAUCUCUACUACCUCAUGGACCUUUCAUACUCUAUGAACGAUGACCUCUAUCGCUUAAGGACACUGGGCAAGGGCUUGGCUGAGGCAAUGAACCGCACAACCAGCAACCUGCGCAUGGGUUUUGGAGCCUUUGUGGACAAACCCAUCUCCCCUUACAUGUAUAUCUCUCCCAAGGAGGCUGUCAAGAACCCUUGUUACAGCAUAAACACCACCUGCCGGCCCCAGUUUGGCUACAAGCACGUUCUGUCGCUGACAGAUAAAGUAAGCCGUUUCACAGAGGAAGUCAGGAAGCAGAUGGUAUCCAGGAACCGGGACGCUCCCGAGGGAGGCUUUGACGCUAUUCUCCAGGCGGCUGUUUGUAAGGAACAGAUCGGCUGGCGUCCCGGUGCGUCCCACCUCCUGAUUUUCACCUCUGACGCCAAGACGCACAUGGCUUUAGACGGUCGCCUCGCUGGAAUCGUGCAGCCCAAUGACGGACGGUGUCACCUCAACUCUGCCAAUAUGUACAGCAUGUCUACCACCAUGGAUUACCCGUCCCUUGCUCUCAUCACGGAGAAGAUGUCAGAGAACAACAUUAACCUUAUUUUUGCUGUCACCAACCCCGUGGUUUCUUUGUACCAGAACUACAGCGAGCUCAUUCCCGGCACCACGGUGGGAACGCUGUCCAACGACUCUGGCAAUGUUAUUCAGCUCAUUUUAAAAGCUUACGCUAAAAUCCGCUCCAAAGUUGAGCUGGAGCUUCUGGGCGUCCCAGAGGAGCUGUCCCUCUCCUUCAAUGCCACGUGUUUGAAUGGAGAAGUCAUCCCAGGCCUGAAGUCCUGCUCCGGACUUAAGAUAGGAGACACGGUGUCUUUCAGCGUAGAGGCCCGAGCCAGAGCCUGCCCCAAACAAAAGAAAAAGAAGACCUUCAUCAUCAAACCAGUGGGCUUCAAGGACUCUCUUUCCAUCACCGUCACCAUCGAGUGCGACUGCAAAUGCCAGAACAAAGCUCAGCCCAACAGCCCCAAAUGUCACCACGGAAAUGGCACCUUCCAAUGCGGCAUUUGCUCGUGUCACCCGGGGCGCCUGGGCCCGCACUGCGAGUGCGCCGAGGGUGACUACAGCCCGGCUGAGCAGGACCGCUGCACGGAGGCCGGCGCGUCUGGCGUGUGCAGCGGGCGGGGAGAUUGCGUGUGCGGCCAGUGUGUGUGCCACAGCAGCGACUUUGGGAAAGUGUGGGGAAAGCUGUGCGAGUGCGAUGACUUCAAUUGCCUUCGUUACAAAGGAGAACUCUGCUCUGGCCACGGCCAGUGCAACUGCGGCUUCUGCCAGUGCGCCCCCGACUGGCAGGGAGAGAACUGCAACUGCUCCACCCGCACUGACACCUGCAUGUCGCACCUGGGCUUGCUGUGCAGUGGGCGUGGCCAGUGUGUGUGCGGCGCCUGCGAGUGCACCCAGCCCGGAGCGUACGGGGCCACCUGCGACAAGUGUCCCACCUGCCCUGACGCAUGCACCAUGAAAAAGGAAUGUGUGGAGUGUAAACAUUUCAAGAGAGGCAAGCUGUUUGAAGACAACACAUGUGCUCGCAUAUGUAAGGAUGAGAUUGAGCUCAUGGAGGAAUUAGUCCUUCAUGACACAAAUGCAGUUAACUGCACCUACAAGGAUGAGAACGACUGCGUGCAGCGUUUCCAAUACUAUGAAGAUGCGAGUGGAAAGUCCAUGUUGUUUGUCGUCAAGGAGCCAGACUGUCCUGAGGGCCCGGACGUGUUGGUGGUGCUGCUUUCUGUGGCAGGAGCCAUCUUGUUCCUGGGUUUGGCCACAUUGCUCAUCUGGAAGCUGCUUAUCACUAUUCACGACAGGCGCGAGUUUGCUAAAUUUGAGGAAGAGCGAGCACGGGCCAAAUGGGACACGGGGCACAACCCUCUUUACAAGGGAGCCACAUCCACCUUCACAAACAUCACGUACAGAGGAAAAGACUGA